ACCAUCAUCGAUUAUCGGGCAUCAAGAAGGUAGGUGUCAUCAUUGAGAUAUAAAACAGCGAAAGGACUAUCGGGCACAUCAUUGUGAAAGGAUCAGAUUUCGACUUCACUUUCUUGAUACAAUUCAUUUCGACAAAAACAUCUUUCGACGAACAAUCUUGCUGACAUUGUCAAUCACAUUCCAUUUUCUCCUCAAUUAGAAAUGGCUGCUGCUCGUCCGACUGUUAACGUUCGCGGUGUUGACGGCGCCGCCGCUGGCUCAUUGCCAUUGCCUGCCGUCUUCACUGCACCCAUCCGUACAGAUGUGGUGGAAGCAAUCCACAAGAACAUGGCCAAGAACAAACGUCAACCAUACGCCGUCUCCAACACUGCCGGUAUGGAAAACUCUGCUCACUCUUGGGGUACCGGUCGUGCCGUUGCACGUAUCCCUCGUGUUGGUGGUGGUGGUACUCACCGUAGUGGUCAAGCUGCCGGAUCUAACGCCGCCCGUGGUGCAUGGAUGUACUCUCCUACCAAGGUUUGGCGCCGUUGGUUCGUAAAGAUCAACCAAGCUCAACGUCGUUACGCUACAGCCUCUGCUUUGGCAGCUACUGCUAUGCCAUCUCUUUUGUUGGCUCGUGGUCACCGUGUUGAAGGUUUGGAAGAAGUCCCAGUCGUCGUCAACGAUUCCGCCGAAUCUUUCACCAAGACAAAGGAAGCUGUUGCCUUGUUGCAAGCUGUCAAGGCAUACCCUGAUGUUGUCAAGGUUUCCAACUCUCGCAAGGUCCGUGCCGGUGUCGGAAAGAUCCGCAACCGUCGUCACAAGCAACGCCGUGGACCUUUGGUCGUUUACAACGAAGACAAGGGUAUCGUUAAGGCUUUCCGUAACUUGCCCGGUGUUGAGAUCGUUAGCGUUCACCGAUUGAACCUGUUGCAAUUGGCACCAGGUGGUCACGUUGGUCGUUUCUGCAUCUGGACCGAGAGCGCAUUCAAGGCUUUGGACACCAUCUUCGGUACAUACGAAAAGCCAUCUGAACUCAAGAAGGGCUUCUCUUUGCCAUCUGUCUCUUUGCCAUCUGCCAAGAUCUCUCAAACUGAUGUUACAAGAAUCAUCAACUCUUCCGAAAUCCAAAGUGCAGUCCGACCAGUCAAGAGUGCCGCUACUACCAAGCGUCCUUUCACCCAAAAGAAGAACCCUCUCCGCAACCGAGGUGUUCUUUUCCGUCUCAACCCUUACGCACAAACUGCUAUCCGUGCUUCUAUCCGUCAACAAAAGCAACACAUCGAUGGCAAGCUCAAGACCGACAAACGCGAAAAGAAGUUGCCUGCUGGUGAAGCAUUCUUGGAGCAAUUGCACGCCCCAUAAAUUGGGUUUGUGAUUCGGUUACCGUUUAAAAAAUGAAUUGUGAUACACAUACUCGCAGGUCUUCUUUACAACAUUGGAUGAUGAUGUUUUGCUGAGAGGACUUGUUGAGGACAUCACCUUUCAUGUAUUGUGUAUAGCUUCUGCGCAUGCGUUCAUGCUUGUACUUUUCUCUUGCCUUCAUCUCAUACUACCCUUACUUCCGACUGUCAUGAACGCACAUUCGCAAGCUAUCAUUGUUGCAUUCUCAUCAUCACUUCUAUACAUACACAUCACGAUCAAAAAUGCUAAGGCCAUAUCUCAGAUUGUUUGUUUGGAGUGCGGGUAUCAAUUGAGUUGUCCGACUGUC